GGGAGUACCGAUGGAGAAGAAGACGACGACAUGCACGAUUUCUACAGCCUAACGCCGAUCAGUAACGUAAACAAGACGAGCAGCGCGAUAAAGUCGAGUGAAGCGUUGGCACUCGCGUGCAUUGAUGUGUCAAUAAACUCGAUCAACUUGGAAAUGGAAAUAGACUCGGGGUCGUAUUGGAGUGUAAUUUCUGAUGAUACGAGAAGUAAGUACUUUGCGAAUCUGGAAAUGUCGAAUGUCUCAUUUUCGCUGAAUGCGUAUAAUUUGAAAAUAAAACCGGUAGGCAUGUUACGUAAUUUAAAUGUUCAAUUUAAAAAUCGCAUGUUAGAACUAGACGCAUUGGUAAUGCCGGGGAAGGGAGCAUCGCUGUUCGGCAGGUCAUGGUUGCACGCUUUUGGACUUUGGUCGUCAUUUAAACUGAACAAUGUAGAAUCAGCCGCGGAGGAAAAAUUAAAUGAGAAAGUUGCAAAAGAUUUCCCUAAGCUAUUCGGUACGGGUACAGGGUGUUUCAAUAGAGGUACCCUAAGACUCACCCUAAAAGAAAACGCUGUGCCGAAGGCAUGCAAACUUAGACACGUGCCAUACGCGUUGAAAAAUAAAGUAGAAGCGGAACUGAGACGAUUGGAAAAUUUAGGACAUAUCGAGCGCGUCGAAACGAGUGAAUGGGCUACACCCAUUGUUCCGAUAAUAAAAGAUGAUGGUUCUGUACGGAUAUGCGGUAAUUUCAAGCUAACGGUUAACCAGUGUUUAGUGAUAAAUAGACACCCAUUACCAACAAUAAACGAUAUCUUUAGCGCAUUGCAAGGGGGAGAAAAAAUCAGUCAGAUCGACCUGACUCAUGCACAUAUGCAGAUACCGGUCGACCCUGCAUCGCGGGAUAUGUUAACAAUAAUCACGCACGUUGGCUUGUAUCGGUACACGAAGUUAACGGAAGGCGUUGCAUCGGGACCGGGGGAAUUUCAAAAGAUAGUAGAGAACUGCUUACAGGAUAUACAGGGGAAGCUAGCCAUCUAUCUGGACAAUGUAUAUGUUACGGGCGGAAAUGAUAAAGAGCAUAUUGAUACGUUAUAUAAAGUUUUACAAAGACUGGAAGAAUAUGGAUUUAAAGUAAACGUGAAAAAAUGCGACUUCAUGAAAGAAGAAUUGGAAAUCCUUGGAUUUGUUAUUCGUAAAGGGGAAUUAUGCGCGUCGAAGAAGAAAGUAAAUGCGAUUGUAAACGCACCAGUACCGGGGAAUAAAAAACAAUUGUUAUCCUUCCUAGGACUUGUAACAUAUUACGAGCGUUUUUUGUCCGACCGUGCCUCACGCUUGAAACCAUUGUACGAGCUAACGAAAAAAACGAGGUUCGAAUAGAACGCGGAAUGUGAGGAAGCAUA